UCCAUCCUCAGUGAGAGUCUGAAUGGUUCGGCACCCGACAAGGGUCUUUGCUCCUUGGCGAGAAUCCCCGCAAGUUUCCUAUUGGGAUGGGGCGCCAAACUUGGUGGAUACUCGGAGGAGUCGGAUGUCUCGGUUGUCAUUUCCGACUCUUCAACCUCCGCCCUGGGGGGUAUAGUCAUAGGUGAAGGUAAAGCCUACUGGUAUCGCUCGGAUCUAGCGACUCCCGAGGCAUCGAGGAUCAGCAAGUUGGUUGAACCUAUCAACUGGGACAGGUGGGAGUCCGGGGACAUAUGCUCCCUAGAACUAUUAGCCGCCUUAUGCGGCUGUGCAAUCGUCCCUGCUGAUCGUCCGGUCAUCAUUCUCUGUGACAACGCAGCAGCUGUCGCAGCAAUCAACAAGCUCUCUGCGAAGUCAGCCCGGAUGAACGAUCUCCUGAAGAGUCUGGCUAGUGCUUGGGGUUACAGCAAAGGUGUCCGAGCUUACCAUUUGUCUACUGACGAGAAUUGGUUAGCUGAUGCAUUAUCCCGGCAGUCCCUUGAGGAGGUUCGGAAGUACAUGGUUGGUGCUAGUAUGAGUGAGGUCGACCUAGGCCUUAUUCUAGAUAAAUUGGAAGAGUCUGUCACACAGGUCUCGCCUUAG